AUGUCUGUGCUACCGUCCGUAACCGAGGUCCGGGUCGAAUCCUGCGUGUUUCCGCCGGCGGUGAAGCCGCCGGGCUCCGCCAAGACGCUCUUCCUCGGCGGCGCAGGGGUGAGGGGAAUGGAGAUCGGAGGUGCGUUCGUGAAAUUCACCUCCAUCGGAGUAUACCUGGAGGAUAACGCCGUCCAGUCGCUCGCCGUCAAGUGGAAGGGCAAGGGCGCCGAGGAGUUAACGGAGUCCGUCGACUUCUUCACUGAUAUCGUCACUGGUCCCUUUGAAAAAUUCACCAAGGUGACUACAAUACUGCCGUUGACCGGCCAGCAGUACUCGGAGAAGGUAGCUGAAAACUGUGUGGCUUACUGGAAAGCAGUUGGGAAAUACACAGAUGCAGAGUCGAAAGCCGUCGAAAAGUUUCUUGAAGUGUUUAAGCUUGAGAACUUUCCACCCGGGGCCUCCAUCCUCUUCACUCAGUUGCCAGUCGGCUCGUUAACUAUAAGUUUUUCGAAAGAUGAUUCGAUUCCCGAGCAUGCAAAUGCAGUGAUAGAGAACAAACAGCUUUCUGAAGCCGUGCUGGAAUCCAUUAUCGGGAGGCAUGGCGUUUCGCCUUCAGCAAAGAAGAAUUUGGCACUGAGAUUAUCUGAACUGUUGAAUCAAGAAGAACCCAAAGUGGCUGAAUAA